AUGGAACGUCGGAGACAUGACCCAAUAAUUAAUACAACAAACCCAAAAAGUUCGUUGUGGCGAUCGAUGGCGACGCCAGGCUCAGCCGCGAGCGGCGGAGCGUCGGCGAAGUCCAUGGUGGCGGAGCAGAUCUCUCAGGCGGUGCAGUCCACCUCCAACCUCCUCCACCUCAUGCAACAGACAUCUCCUGCACAGGCUCAACUGGUUAAGCUUCCUAAGAACCUUUUGGCAAAGGUUUCCACCAUCAAGAAUACAGAGCAGGUUUUAAACCAGAUGCCUGGGGUAAUAUCAGCUCUAGAUGCUCAUAUGGAAAAUGGGUUACACAAUAUUCCACAUCUGAAGACUGUGGUUCAGUUACUUGCAAAUAUGGAAAGCAGCCAGCUUAGUUCACUGUCCCAAACCCAUCCUCUCAAGGAACUUGAACCAGAAAACCAAUCUCAAGGGACAGGUUAAUGGAAUGUAUGUUGCUUGGGAGUCUCACCUCUCAUCAAUUCAUGCAGAGUUUUUGGAAGGUUUGAAACCAAACUGAUCAUCCUUAAUUUCAUCAUAUCGGAUAUUUUCCUUCUUGGAGUCUUCUUGCAAAAUGUUGUUUGUUCCCUUUAGCCUCUUGUUCUAUUAAUCUUAUUAAUUCAGGAUAGGAAGAGUUUCUCAACUUUUUUCAUUAUCCUUAUCAGCAUGAUUAACUGGAGUGAUCAAAAUCACAAGAGAUUCUAGUAUUGUCAAUUUCAAAAGAAUCACUGUCAAAUAUGUAUUUGAUCUUAACACAAAAAAAGAAAGAAAGAUGAAUAAAGAUUAAUGUAGUGAUGAGGUAAGAGGUAAAGAAACCAGGACAAUUUAGAUAAUGCAUUUAUUGAUAGCAAAUACUGAAAAAGAAACAUGUGAGCCCGUUUUACAAAAAGUCUUCCAAAGCCUUGGGCUGAACAAUAGGAUUAGCAUUACAAAAUUACCGAGUGAGAAUCUAAGAUCAUGGACGAGUUGGUGAUCUCCCAAUUGUUGAGCUUUGUACCUGGAGAACAUCGAUAAACCAGGUUAACGCUAUGAUCCUUAGGAUGAUCCAAGGGCGGCUCGGUUGGGAAAUUGCGAACCUAAGACUAAGGUCUAAGGGGAUUCCUGUUUAUGACAUACGACGAAGUUGGCUGGUGUUUUUGGAUCAAGUGUUGAUGAUGAUCAUCCUAUUGACCAUCCUAUAUAUCAUGCAUGUGUACACAUUUUCAGCUUGUGUUUUUGGUUUUUUUCAUCUUUGAUAAUCAAACUUCGCCAAAUCUUAUGUGCAAAGUGAUGCAUCUUUUAUUCUUUUUAUUUUUAAAUCAAUUUUCCUUUUGUUGCUAUGGUACUAU